AACAGUCUUGUUUCGCGAUUCGUGAAUGUAAACAACGCACGUGUGAAUUUUGGAAUCGAAAACGAAAGUUUUAAUUUCAAUUCAUAAUUAAUUCCACUUUAAUUAAAUUAAUUUAAUUUGUCAAUCCCAAAGAUGCCCAUCAUCGAUACUGCUGACUUCAUCCAGCUUCAAAAAGAUAUAACAAAAGUACGAAAUAUUUGUAUUCUAGCUCAUGUUGACCAUGGAAAGACUACACUCGCCGACUCACUUGUUGCUAGCAAUGGAAUAAUCUCACAACGUAUGGCUGGCAAAUUACGCUAUCUAGAUAAUCGAGAAGAUGAACAAGAACGCGGAAUCACCAUGAAAAGUAGCAGCAUUUCGCUGUACUACAAAGAUGGCCAAAUGGGAAAGGAUAAAGAUUAUCUCAUAAACUUGAUAGAUUCUCCAGGACAUGUUGACUUCUCAAGUGAAGUAUCAACUGCAGUUAGAUUGUGUGAUGGAGCUAUUGUUGUGGUCGAUGUUGUUGAAGGAGUAGGUCCACAAACACGAGCAUGUCUCCAACAAACCUACAUUGAACAUUUAAAGCCUGUGUUGGUACUCAACAAGAUCGACAGAUUGAUUCUUGAGAAACAAAUGACUCCUCUCGAUGCUUAUUUCCAUAUAUCUCAAGUUCUUGAGCAAGUCAAUGCAGUUCUUGGAAGUGUAUUUGCUUCUGAUGUUCUGGCAAAAGAAGACACAACAAAAAAAGAUAAUUAUGAGUCUGCUCUGGAAGAUGUAGAUGACUCUGCUUUGUAUUUCACUCCAGAGAAUGGUAAUGUCGUUUUCUGUUCGGCUUUUGAUGGAUGGGCUUUCUCCAUUGGUGACUUCUCUAGCACCUAUGCUGAGAGAUUAGAAAUCCCUCGAGAAGAGCUCGAAAAAGUUCUGUGGGGAGAUUUCUAUUACAAUUCGAAGAAAAAAUGUGCAAUGCCUGGAGCUCAGGAAAAGGCCAAGAAGCCAAUGUUUGUACAGUUUGUUUUAGAGAACAUAUGGAAUCUCUAUGACAUUAUUGCGGUUAGAAAAGAUAAAGAUAAGUUGCCAGCAAUUGCAGAAAAACUUGGCAUCAAACUUAGUCCGAGAGAUUUAAAAAUGGGUGAUGCCAAGUCUCAAAUUAAGGCAGUCCUUGGACAGUGGCUGCCUGUAGAUAAAUCGGUCCUCCAUAUGGUUGUUCAACAUAUUCCAGAGCCAAAUGUUAUCUCUGAUGAAAGGGCUGAACGACUGUUGUUCCCGUCAAAUAUAGAACUAACCUCAUAUCCGCCAGAGACUUUGGCUAUCAAAGAGGAAUUUAAGAAAUGUGAUGCCAAGAGUGAGAAUGUGGUGGCAUUUGUUUCAAAGAUGACUUCGUAUCAUGUCUCUCAGUUGCCUGAGAAUAAACCAAAGCGAAUGACUGAACAAGAGAUGCAAGAAAGAAGGGAAAUUAUUCGGCAAAAAAUCCAAGAAAGAAAACUGUUGGCAGAGCAAGCAGCUUUAGAGGGAAUAACAACUGGGGUUGAAAAAUUAACAACAGAGUCUUCUUCAACUGAAAUUAAAACUCAAGAUCCGCCAAUAGAACCAAUUGAGAAAAAAGAAUUUGUAUUUGUUGCUUUUGCAAGAGUUUUCAGUGGAACAUUGAGAACUGGACAAAAACUGUUUGUUCUGGCACCAAAACAUGACCCAAGAAAUACAAAUCGAAUUGCAACUGAUUCACCUUUUGUAACUGAAGUAACCAUCGGAGAAUUGUAUCUCUUCAUGGGUGGUGAACUACAACACUUAGAUGCUGCGCCAGCUGGAAGUAUUGUUGGUAUUGGUGGUUUGGAGAAUGAUGUUAUUAAAACAGCUACACUGAGUAGUACAACAUAUUGUCCAUCGUUUAGUGAUCUAACUGUUAUGGCAACACCAAUUUUAAGAGUUGCUAUUGAGACAGUUAAUCCGUUGGAUAUGCCGAAACUGGUCAAGGGACUUAAAUUGCUUAAUCAGGCUGAUGCUUGUGUACAAGUAUCUGUGGAACCUUCAGGAGAGCAUGUUAUUACUACUCUUGGAGAAGUUCAUGUAGAAAAAUGUGUUCGAGACUUGGAAGACAACUAUGCUAAAGUAAAAUUAAAUGUAUCCAAACCAAUUGUUUCGUUUCGUGAAACAAUUGUUCCUGAGGCUACAAUGGAUAUGGUGAAUGAAGCUAUAGUCAAAACUGCCAAUGAUAAAGAUAUUAGCAAAAAGAUUGUUACGCUUCAGACUGUAAACAAAUUAGGUACAAUCAAACUGAUUGCUCUUCCCUUACCAGGACCUUUUGUAGAAAUUCUAGAAAAAUAUUCAUCUGUUUUUAAAGAACUCUCAAACAUGACAAAAACAUCCGUCAUUUCUGACAAAUACAAAACACUCCUCGCCCAAAUAAAAAAAUCCCUUUCCAAUGCUCUUGAUGAACUUGAUUUAAAAGACAUAUCCACUGCUACUAACCUCAUCGACCGAAUCUGGUCCAUUGGACCAAGAAAAUGUGGAACAAAUAUUCUUUUGAAUCUAACCGACUAUGAACCAGCAAGUUUUUGGUUAGAUGAUCACAAUUCUACUAAAUCAGAUUCAAAUGCCACUCAUGAUGUCCGUCGCGACUAUGAUAGCUCUUUUGUUAAUGGUUUUCAAUUGACUACCGCUGCCGGUCCAUUAUGUGAUGAGCCAAUGCAAGGAGUUUGUUUUGUUGUGCUCGAAUGGUCAGUUGAUGCGAGUGAUGAAUUAAAUUCAAAGUCAUAUGGGCCAUUUUCUGGUCAAGUUAUGUCAACAGCGAAGGAAGCAUGCAAACAAGCUUUUUGCAAGCAACCUCAACGUUUGGUCACACCAAUGUAUAGCUGUAAUAUUGUUGUUAAUGCUGAAGUUUUAGGUAAAAUGUAUGCUGUGAUUGGUCGACGACAUGGAAAAAUUGUAUCCGGUGAUUUAACACAAGGCAGUGGAAAUUUCUCGGUAAUGGCGUACCUUCCCGUAAUUGAAUCGUUUAAUUUUGCACAAGAAAUUCGAAAGCAGACAUCCGGUUUAGCAGUGCCACAAUUAGUGUUUAGUCAUUGGGAGAUAAUUGACAUGGAUCCAUUUUGGGUACCUUCAACAGAAGAAGAAUACACUCAUUUUGGAGAAAAAGCUGAUUCCGCUAAUCGAGCAAAAGUUUACAUGGACAGCGUACGUAGACGAAAGGGACUUUACGUAGACGAUAAAAUUAUUGAGCAUGCAGAGAAACAAAGAACUUUGUCAAAAAAUAAGUGAAAUUGUAUUUUUUUUUUAUUAGUAUUUCUUUUUAUUUAAAAAUAAAUUAAAGUAAAGUAUUUUC